UUGGAAAUGAAUUUUUUCUUCGUUUCAAUUUUGUUCAAGAGUGCAGUUUGGGUUGGAUUUCUGGUAUCAGUUUGUAAUGGCGGGGAUACGUGUACUGCGACAUUCAAGGGAUCAAUCGUAGUAACUAAAUACUGUGACAUAGGAGGAUGCUGCAUUCCGAGCACAGGAAACGAAAAAACCGACCCGGACGAACUAUGUUGCAUGACAACUCUGACGUUUAUUCUAAUCUUGUCUUUCACGGGUGGACCUGCAUUUCUUUUAACCUUGAUUUGCGCCGGAUUGUGUCUUAAACGUUAUUGUGAAAAAAAGAAAAACGAUGAUAGAAUCCGGAGAGCGGAGUCUGCGCGACAGGAGAGACGCCGUGAGCGCAGGCGCCAACGGCAACAACAGGAACAGGAAGAGGAAGCGGUCCGGAUCAGGAGAUACUACGAACCCAAUCCCGAGGACGGUCCUUUAAGGCCCCCAGCGUAUGACGAAGGUCCCCCAGGAUCGGUCCCUAACCCGACGGCUCUACCAAUGUCCCCUCCACCAGCUUACGAAGCGAUAGUACAGGAAGCCACAUUACCAAAUCACAACCAAAUCCCCGUCAGUUAUAACGAAAGAGUCAGAGUGGACAGAACUGAGAACAACGAGGACAGAAACGAACGCAUUGACGUCACAAUUCGUGCACCCACCAUCGGGGGCAGACGACCAAAUAAAAGAGUAACAUCAAACGAGACAAACCCAAGCAACGUUUCUGUGAGAAAUGGAAUAACAAACUCUGAAACAGCGAGAAAUGCAAUCACUCGCCCAGAGACUGUGCAUAAAAAUCAGGUUUCUCCGAGUAACAGUUUUAGAACGGUACCGAGUCCAACCAGAAGUCCCAGCACAUUAUCUAAUGACAGCGUAAACUCUGAACACGACAAUGUGCGCCCUAAACAGUUUUCAAGACCUCUCCAAAUUGUUAUUGAUGCACCUAUCGACGAGCCCGCCGAUUUACUGUAUAUUUAAGUUGAGGGUUCAAUAAAGUUCUAUUUUUUUAA